AUGGAUCGUGCCCUCUUGUCUCCCAGGUGGAAGUCUGGGCCAAGGGUCAUGGCCUCCUUUAGGGCCAUAAUUCGAAUCAUCUACCACAAUGGGGAGACAUCCGGCAUGAUCGGCCUCAACUUCCAUGGUCACCACGUCCUCAAUCUUAAGAAAGGCGAAGUGAUUACGUCUUGGGUGACAAAAAACAAGACUUUCGGGUUGGUGUGGCUUCGAAACACAAAGGAGAAUGUGUCGCUGGCAGUGAGCUGCUUCGGGGAGUCAAUGUCACCGUUUGGAAAAGAUCCCACCAAGUCCAAUGACGUUCUACGGGCUGUCGUCUACCCGAUCUUCAUCACCGAUAUCUCAAAGAUCACAAGAAAGCUAGUCAUCACCAAAAUGCCCGACGACCGCUUAAUCAAUCUGGUUGAGUUUGGUCCCGCUCAUACGGACAAUCGAGGCAGUGACACUGAAGCAGUCAAGGCCAUCAUCCGGACGAAGUCAACCACCGAUGCGGACCAAAAUCGCCGAUUCCUGCACGGUGAAUGGUUAAGAUCAUAA